GUAAACAAAAAUAAUAAAAUAAUAAUAAUUAUUAUUACAAUUAUUACAAUUAUUGUUGUUAUAGCUAUCGAUAGCUAUCAGCGACGGCUACAAUAUGUUUAGAACGAAUUUCUUCUGUUGAAUUAAUUAAAUUAAUUAAAUAUAUCAAAUCAAAACAAAAAUUAGCAUUCCGUGUGACUCACUUUUAAAUUUCUGUUCUUUGGAAUCAUGGAUGAAACGAAUUCAUUGGUUUACGGUCUGGAGUUUCAGGCCCGUGCCCUAGCAUCCCGGCAGACGGAAAGUGACCAGGUUCGUUUCUUUUUGGCUACCCAGUCGUUGAAACCCAACAAUCAGCUGCAUGUGGUCGACGUGAACGAGGAUAGUUCCGCCCUGGAGGCAAAGGUGUUGUCCCAUCCGCUCGGGGAAGUUUGGAAGCUUACGGCCAGCCCACACGAUGGUCGCGUCCUGGCGUCAUGCUACAGUAUUCAUCGGGGAAGUCAAACGACCAUGCAGACUGCGUUGUUGCGACUACCGGAUCAGUUCGAUCCUCCAACGGGUGAUCAGGAGUUUCUGCAGUUUGCUGACGUCGACAUUUUGAACACGGAAGGCUAUGGAGGCGAAAUUCGGACAACGGAGUUUCAUCCGACGGAUGCGGCGGUUGUGAGCACGGUGAUUGAUGGAAAAGUGUUGCUCUUCAAUCGGGCGGAAGCUGGUAGCAAGUUGGUGGCAGAAAUAAACGCUAAGCAUAUGCCGAAGUUCUCCGGAGGCCGCUGGUCUCAUUUCAAUCAGGGUAAUCAAUUUAUCACGUUGUACGACUGUAGCGUUAGGUCGUACGACGUUCGGGAGCCGAAUCAUUGCGCUUGGACCAUCGAGGACGCCCAUAGCCAACUGGUGCGUGAUUUGGACUGUAACCCGAACAAGCAGUAUCACAUCGUAACGGGUGGAGACGACGGCGUGUUGAAGAUCUGGGACUUUCGGAACACCAAGGAGCACGUGUUUGCCCGGAAUGAUCAUCACCAUUGGAUUUGGAACGUACGGUACAAUGCCUAUCACGAUCAACUGCUUCUGUCGAGUAGCAGCGAUGGCAAAGUGCUUCUGACUUGUGCUGGUAGCGUGAGUUCGGAAGCGUUGGAAAGUGGUGAAAAUUCUAGCGACAAGGAACACCUGGCCGAUGGGCUGCUGCAAACGUUUGACCAACAUGAGGACUCGGUGUACUGCGUGGAGUGGAGUACGGCCGAUCCGUGGAUGUUUGCCUCGCUGAGCUACGAUGGACGCUUGGUGAUCUCGAAGGUGCCGAAGCAGUACAAGUAUCAAAUAUUGCUAUGAACUUGUUUAAUGUUUUGGGGAUCAAUUACGGAUAGGUUUCCUAACUAUAAUUGAAAAGGUAAAUCGUUAUAAACUGAGAAUGUGGAAUCA